ACAGUCAGCUGCCGGUGACAGAAGGAGCUGCCUACUUUCACUGUAGAGCUCAAACCUUCAGCUUCAAUCACGCACAGACUGACAGAGCUGCUACACGCAAGUUUCACGAAGGGACAUCUCAGUAGCACAUGAAUGGCACCUCUUUAGCGCGUCUUGCUCUUCAGUCUUUAGCAUAAUCAAUUUAUUUAACUAAAAAGGUGCGAUUGAUUCAGUCAUGGAUCGACUCGGGGAAUGGAGCUUCAAGUCCAAGAAAAUGGACCUGGUGCAGGAGGAGGAUUUCUACUUCGACUACGGAGCGGAGGAAAUAACAGAUUAUCAAGACCCCAAUGAACUUCUGGCUGCUCUGAAACAAAAGGAGGAAGAGGUUAUUUUGGCAGCCCAGCUGGGAAACGCAUUGCUCCUGGAAAAUCGUCAACUGAAAGAGCAGAGCGACAAACUUCACGACAAAUACGCGGACAAGCUAGAGGAGCUGGAGCAGGGGAGGCAUGACCUGCGAGUGAAGCUGGAGGGCUGCCAGUCCCAGUGGGAGAGCCAGGUGGGCGACCUGGAGAGGGAUGUGAGGGACCUGAGCGCCCAGGUGGAGCGGCUCACCCAGGCGCUCAGCGAGGCCGAGAGGGAGAAGAGUCAAGCCCAGCUGGAGCACAGCGAGCACACUCAGCGGCUCAGGGAAGAGCUCAACACCGCGAUGGAGGUGGAGAGAGCCAUGUCGAGCGAACUGCAGGCUCUGAAGCACGAGCUCCAACAAAAGGGACAAAGCAACAACAGGCAGCAGGAUGAGGAGCUGAUCAGCGCCAUGAGAGAGCAGGUGUUGCGUCUCACACAGAAGGAACAGGCACUGGAGCAGCGCUUGGAGAGCGUGUCCUCAGAAAAUGCCGAGCUGAGGUCGAGUUUGGCCUCUUUGCACGCCCGCUUGGCUCUGCAUGACCAACUCGACCAGCAGCGCAGCCAGCAGCUAGCCGAGGCGUGGCAGGAGGUGGAGGUGGCCCGGGGUCGCUCGCAGCGGCUGCAGGCCCAGGUGGAGGAGCUUGAGGAGGAGGCGUCCCUGCGCCUUGGUGACUCUUCUCUGCUGUCCGAGCUGGAGAGCAGCCUGGACACGGCCGGCCUGGGAGUGGGCAAAGAUGAGAUGACUCAAGAAAUGGGGUCCAUCCUUCAGUUACUGCUCCCACUGACCCAGCCACCCAACAGCUCUGGGAUGUCAGAGGUCGCGGGUCAGCAUGGAGACCUGCAGGCCAUGCUGCAUCGGUUGAAGGGAGUGGCCCAAACCCUGGCGCAGACAUCCAGCUCUCAGGAGCUGAAUCUGGGUUUCGUCGACAGGACGGGUGAUCAGUGUGGGAAUCUGAGCGCGGCGCAGGAGCUGAGAGAUCAGUGUUUUAUCCUCCUGCAGAACGUCAAGCUGCAGAAGGAAAACGCUGAGCUGUUGCAGAAGCUGCAGAACAUAAAAGAUCAAGCCGACGUCGUCCACCAAGCCAUCAGAGACAGAGACGAUGCCAUAGCCAAGAAAAACCUGAUGGAGGUAGAGCUGGUGAGAAGUAAAAACGACAUGAUGUCUCUGAACAACCAGUUAUUAGAGGCCAUACAACGUAAACUGGAGCUGUCGCAGGAACUGGAGGCCUGGCAGGACGACAUCCAGAUCAUCAUCAACCAGCAGCUCAAGACCCAGCAGCAGUCGGAGCUUUCUCAGAAGAAGCCCAUCUCCAACGGCAUGUCAUUCUUCCGCAGACCCAGCAGGACGCCCUCCACCUUGUCACGCCAGUCCUCGGCCUCCUCCACCUGGAGUUCAGACACUAAUCCGGACAAAGCCCAGUCCCCCUGGAGGGACUGGUUAAGACGAGGCAAAGGGGCACAGUACAGCCAAUAAUGGACAUUGAUUGCUAUGGCAACUUAUCGACUGCUGGGCAGGAUGCACCAGGAGAAAAGCUCGGAUAAGUGGAGCUCCCCAUGCAAAGCGUGUGGUGAAAAAGAGCCAUAAAAACACUGAAAAACGGAGCCACUGCGAACAAAGACUCGUCAAACAGGCACUUAAUGGAAGACAUUUCACUAAGAGGCUGAGCCUUACAACAAUCUAAACUGUGACAACACUAACAUUUUCACAUAAUUACUUUGAAGGACUUGCUUGAGACUGUAAAUAUUGUGCCUUAUUUGUAAUUGUGUAAUAUUUUGUUCUAUUAUAUAUGAUUUUAUUUGAAAUACGUGGUAGGCGUAGAGCAGAGGACAGUAUUUGUUCAGAUUAUUUAACUUAAAGGAUCAAGGAGAGACAAAGGGUCAGGAAAUAUACGAACAAACAUUUAAUUUUCAUACUGAAUUUAUCUUUUACCAAGUUGGAUGUAAGUAGUCACUCUUUUUGUAAAAAAAAAAAAUGUUUGUAUGACCAACACUGAAUACCUUCAUACACUGAGAAUGUCAUUAUUUUAUUAACUCUGUUGUAUGUGUGUGUUUUUGUGUAGCAGACACAUGUAUAUGUAUAAGUUCUCUGAGUGUUCAGUAUUGAAGCUGCUCACUACAAAGUGUGCUGUUUCCUAAACUGUCUGACUGACCGCACCAGGAAUGACCGUCGGAUAGUUUCAUAAACAUCAAAUAAUCCUUUCA